UCCAACAUCCAUCAAUAUGAACGCAGUUGUAGCUGGUCUUCUGAUCAUCUUCACUAACAUUAUAUCUUCAGGGUAUGGAGACAUCGUGGAUGUUGAUUAUUCCGAGGAGUUUCUUGACGCCUCUAGUGUGACACUGCAAACAAAUCCAAACCAAGGGUUCGUUUACGACUUUUUACCACCUAUCCCAACGGCAAAUCAACAGUUCUUCAUCUUCAGGUUCCGGGUGAAGUCUGGAGGUGAAACGCACGUAGCCCUGGCAGACCACCAGCUUGGACAAGGGUCUUGGUACGAUAUAGUCUUCGGUAUCAACAAAAACAGGUACACCGCCGUUCGACGAUGUGAACGGCAAAACUGCCAUGAGCUGGCCGCUGUCAUGAUGCCAGAUGCUGUCAGUCUCGACCGAAUCCAUGACCUCUGGAUAGGGUACAACUUAAAUCAGGGCCUGAUUUCGGUAGGGCAAGGAUCACACAGCGAUGCGGAUCUAGAGGCGAGGACAACCGGAAUGUUCCCGGUCAGCAAUCUUGGAUUUAGUACCGCCCAAGGAACCAUUGGCUAUUGGUGGUUCCCUGCCGAGCAUCUCGUCGUCCAAGGAUGUGGGAGUUUGUUGUACCAAGUUGACAAUCAGUACAAAUUCCGAUACACUCUCCCGGUCAUUCCUCGCUCAUCGGCCACCAAUCUCGACUUUAAGUUCUCCGCGAAUGCUAAUAGUAAUGUGCGUAUCCUUCUGGCCUCGGAAGUGGGUCUCAGCGACCAGGAACCUGCAUACGAGAUCAUAAUCGGUUCAGAGGGAAACAGGAAAUCUGAGAUCCGUCGUUGUGUGAACGCAGUAGAAUGCUGCCCAGUUGUUGCUUCGGCGAACACCCCUGAUAUUCUAGACAACAGUCUUGGAAACCAGGAAUUCCACAUCAUGUACAAUGGUGGGUUACUGAAGGUGUUCUUAGAGGACGAUGACACCCCGAUUCUAACCAGCUUUGACCCUAACCCCGUCUCGGUCAGAGCAAUCGGUUAUUCUCAAGGACCUCAUCAAGGCGGAUACUUUGACUUCCCUGCUCAGGGAUUUGCAUUGGGUUUGCUGGUGUUUGACACCGAAGGCGAUGGGGUAUAUAACUCGGAUCUACCCAUCGUCCCUCAAGACAGAGCUUUCAAUCUGCACAUCUCAUUCUUAGUGAGGGCCGCCCGUUCUGUUCUUGUUCUCUUUUCACCAGAAAUUGACUUUCUUAACUACGACGGCUGGGAAUAUGAGAUACUUCUCGGCGGGUGGAAUAACCAGAAAUCAGCCAUUCGCAAAUGCAAAAACUGUGGCUCUGUGCGAUCAAUGAGCCACGUUACGCUCGACCCCAAUGAAUUUCGAAUGAUCACAGUCACCAUCAACAACGGGGAUCUUAGGGUAUACGCAGGUGACCGUGAAGAACUGAUUGUUUCUUUACAAGAAAGGCCUCAGAACGCGUUUGGCAUCAAAAGAGUCGCUGUCACCACUCUUCAGAGAGAAAAAGGCCGUUUCGUUUUUGAGCCGUGUAACCUCUACAAAUGAGAGGACGGCAUAAAUUAGUGCAGAGCUCCAAAUACUGUAUCAGAGACCUCAUAACUUGAAAAUAAAUUAAUCGCUCAGAUGGAGCAUUUUUAAAAAAGUUUAUUCAUUUUUCGUUUUGAAUGACCACUUAAAGAAGUCGCACAUUACAAUAUUACAAAAUC